CAGGGCGCAGGGAGUCCGCGGUGCAGGGACCGGGCCCGCGGAGCUCGGGGCGUCCGGGAUGAGCCUCAUCCGGAAAAGGGGCUUCUACAAGCUGGACGUCAACAAGACAGCCUGGGAGCUGCCCAAGACCUACCUGACCCCCACGCACGUGGGCAGCGGGGCCUACGGCGCCGUGUGCUCCGCCAUCGACAAGCGGUCGGGGGAGAAGGUGGCCAUCAAGAAGCUGAGCCGGCCCUUCCAGUCCGAGAUCUUCGCCCGACGCGCCUACCGCGAGCUGCUGCUGCUCAAACACAUGCAGCACGAGAAUGUCAUCGGACUCCUAGAUGUCUUCACCCCAGCCUCCUCCCUGCGCAACUUCCACGACUUCUACCUGGUGAUGCCCUUCAUGCAGACCGACCUACAGAAAAUCAUGGGCAUGGAGUUCAGUGAGGAGAAGGUCCAGUACUUGGUGUAUCAGAUGCUCAAAGGUCUUAAGUACAUCCACUCCGCUGGUGUCGUCCACAGGGACCUGAAACCCGGCAACCUGGCUGUGAAUGAAGACUGUGAGCUGAAGAUCCUGGAUUUUGGGCUGGCACGACAUGCGGAUGCUGAGAUGACGGGUUACGUGGUGACUCGCUGGUACCGGGCACCCGAGGUGAUCCUGAGCUGGAUGCACUAUAACCAGACAGUGGACAUCUGGUCGGUGGGCUGCAUCAUGGCCGAGAUGCUGACAGGAAAAACUCUGUUUAAGGGGAAAGAUUACCUGGACCAGCUCACCCAGAUCCUGAAAGUGACCGGGGUGCCAGGCGCAGAGUUUGUACAGAAACUGAAGGACAAAGCGGCCAAAUCCUACAUCCAGUCCCUGCCCCAGACUCCCAAGAAGGAUUUCAGGCAGCUCUUCCCACGCGCCAGCCCCCAGGCUGUCGACCUGCUGGAGAAGAUACUGGAGCUGGACGUGGACAAGCGCCUGACAGCCUCGCAGGCUCUUGCCCACCCCUUCUUCGAACCCUUCCGGGACCCUGAGGAGGAGACCGAGGCCCAGCAACCAUUCGAUGAUUCCUUAGAACACGAGAAACUCACAGUGGACGAAUGGAAGCAGCACAUCUAUAAGGAGGUGGUGAAUUUCAGCCCCAUUGCCCGCAAGGACUCGCGCCGGCGGAGCGGCAUGAAGCUACAGUGACCCCAGCCUCUGGCCUCCCACUGGCCUGGGGCUGCAUGCCAGCCUGGCACUGCCCCCCUCUUCUACCCUCCCUCCCGUUCACUGCAGCUCUUCCUAUAGGAGGAGUCCUUGGAUCACCAGUGUUGUGUCUGCCUGUGCUGUGGUGGGACUAUGAACAGCUGGGCUGAGCCAGGGCCAGAGUCUAUGGCUGUUUCCUAGGGCAGCCAUGAUACAUAACCAGACACUUCCCUUGACUCUUUGUAGCUCUUGCUGGCUCUGAGCCAUACCUGUAAUUACAGCCCUUGGGAGACAGGAGAAUCACAAGUUCAAGGCCAGAUUGGACUAAAGAGAAGCAAAUACCAUAUCAGCUAUUGGACUUAGGGCCCAUCCAGUAUAUGCCAUCCCCGUCCCUACUAACUACAGCUACACAGACUAUUUCCAAAUCAAGUCACAUUCUGACGUUCCAGGAGCCCAUGAAUUUGGGGAGGGGACAUUAUUCAGCCCACUCGAGAUGGCCGUGAGGGAGGAUGUCUUCUGGCCCUGGAUUCAGGUCUGUGUUCUCUCCCAGUUGAAUGCAUCUGGCCGCUCAAUCCAGGUGUGACACAGCUGCUUAUUUUGAGAGAGCACUAAGCUAUCAAGAUGUGAAAGCCCACAGACAGGUCAGCUGGGAGCAACGGAAGUGGCUUUUGUGUGGCUUUUUUUUUCUUUGUCAGUCAUGGGCAAUGAACCCAGGGCCUGGGCAUUGUCCCUGAGCUGCUU